AUCCUAGAUGUCAUGUAGAUGGCACCCCACUGUUUUUAAUCUCCUACUUGCAGCAACUUGCCUUGCAGGAUCUUGUGGAAAUUAAACGGACAAGAGCAAGUCUUACAAAUGGCAAAUGCAACUUUGUUAAAUGGUCACAGCAAAUGGUGCAGAAAAGAAAAUUCCAAGUGACAAAGGGUGGAAUUUUACAGCCUCUCCUGCUGGUGGGAUUUUCCAGCCUUGCUGAAGUCAGUGGACUUUUGAACAGCUUGCUGCAUUUUCUGGCCCCACUCCUGCCCGAUGAGUGGCAAAUCCCAAAGCAGGUAGAUGGGGCCUUGGUUAAACAUGUCACCGGAAAGACAGUGUUGCACCCUCUUUGUACUGCACUGGAGCGCCUUGGUUUUUGUGCCCAAGCCCUGGAGCGGGAUUUGAACUCUGAACAUAGCGACUCAGAGACUAUCUCCUGCUGGUGGUGCUGUGUGACUGACUUUAUCAGAUCAUUGCAAUAAAAUUCCUUUUGCUGAUUACCCUGCUGCCUUAGGAGACAGACCAUGAGACUGCUGGUACACCUCAGCAUGCUGCGUCCCUUUGCCACUGUUGUGAAAUAUUAUUCAGCCACAUCUCAAGCCUCAGACGUUGAGAAUGCCUACCGGCUCCAAGAGGCCUACCCUUACUUUCUGCCGAUUCAGACCCGUUGGCAAGACAACGAUCAGUAUGGCCACGUGAACAACAUAGUGUAUCACGGCUACUUUGACACUUUAAUCAACCAUUAUCUUAUCAGGUACUGCGGGUUAAAUGCAAAUCGGCAGACCUCGUCAAUGGUGGGAUUUAUCGUGAGCUGCAAGUGCUCAUUCCAUGCACCCAUGAUGUUCCCUCAGAACCCACUGGCAGCACUGGGGGUGGAAAGGAUUGGCCGGUCUAGUGUGCAUUACCGGGUGGCUCUGUUCAAGCCCCACCUGGGCCGCAUCCCGCUGCCCUUGGAUUACGACCUCCUCUCUGACGGAUGCUACUCGGGCAGUCCCUUGCUGGCAGGGUUUGAGGCCAUGGCCUGCACAACAGGAAGGUCCAUCCACGUCUUUGUGGACGCAGCCAGCGAGAGGCCUAAGGAGCUGCCCGAGCACUUCCAGAAGAAACUUGAAAAGAUUCUGAUGCAGCCAAGAGCUGCCAAUUAAAUGUUUUUAAAAGAGUGAUCACCUUCUCUUAAAAGUUAAAUUUUGCGACUGCUGGCACAGGCUGGAAAGUCACCUAAGAAAUCAGCCCCAGUUUAUCAUCCAUUGACUUUUCCCUGUGAGUAAUUUCCCGGUGUGCUUUGGCUGGAGUGAGACCCUCGUCCCUGGCUCCAAACCCUCGCUAAAUUUAUACUUAAGAGCAAAUGAACACCUUAGCAAAGGAGCAGUCCUUAGAAUUAGAGCUUUGCAAGAAAUUAAUUCUGCCAACUUUAUUCUUCUGCUGUGUAAUAAUUUUGCUGGAUCAGGCAUGUCUAAUCCGAAUAUAAAAUUAAAAAUUGCCAUUCCCAUUCAAUAUAAAUUAUAUAGAACUCCUGAAUAUUUUCUGAAAAAUAUCAAGAAUUCUGUUUGUCAGCCUACAGCCGUGCACAGCAUUACAUAGAAAUUUACAGGACAGAACAGAUCAUUCAGCCCAUUCCCAAUGUUUCUGAUCCACAUUGUCCUCCAUUUACUUUACCCCUCUCCCUGUCAACAUAUCCUUCUACUCCUUUCUUCCUCAUAUGCGUACCUAGAUUUUGUUAAAGGCAUCUCCACGGUAGGGCAGAAUUUUACGACAGUGGGACUUUACGUUCCCGUUGAAGUCAGUGGGGUUUAGAAUGUCUCACCGUAUUUUACAGCCCAGUCCCCACUGAAACAGGGCCAUAAAAUUCUGCUUGUAGUCUAGCUGGCUUCUCAUUGAUGGUUCCUGAUGCUUGUCUGACAGCUGAUAGGAGACACCAAAUGCAGCUAGGGUGACCAGUUUGCAAGCACCUCUGCUCAGUCUGCAAACAGGACCCCGAACUUGCCUGUCAUUUUAAUUAUUGACUUUGCUCUCACCUGGACAUCUCCGUCCUUGGCCUGCUACAGUGUUCCAAUGAAGCUCAAUACAAGCUUAAGGAACAACACAUCAUCCUUCGAUUAGACACUUUACAACCUUGUGGACUCAACAUUUAGUUCAACAGUUUCAGAGCAUGAACUCUGUCCCCGCAUUUAGUUUCUGAUUUUUUUUGCAUGUGCCAGUUUUAAUCUUGUUUUGUGCGUUUUUGCUUUUGAACCCAGCUGUUCAUUAUUUUGCCAUUCACACCCACUCUUGCCACAUCUUUUAUUCCUUUACUACAACCAUUACCACUUUUUAUGCCUUUUGUAUCAUGAAAUCUUUUGUGAUAUAAUCUUUCCUGCCAUCUACCCUAACCCAGACCUUCAAUUUUGUUCUUCCUGCCUCCUUUCACUUCCAAAGCUUACGAUAUUUCUGUCUUCCUUCAGUUCUGGUGAAAGGUCCUUGAUCUGAAAUGUUAACUCUGUUUAUCUCUUCACAGAUACUGCCAGACCUCUUGAAUAUUUCCAUCAUUUUCUGUUUUUAUUUCAGAUUUCCAGCAAUCGCUUUUGUUCCAAUUUCAGUGCUGCAGUUUUUUGUGUGUAAUAAGCAACUCUGGACUAGCUUAUAACAAAGGCCCAGCAGAACAAUGCCUCAUUAAGUCAUGACAUCACCCUUUCUGUUGAUCACCCUUUCAAAUCAGUAGACUCACUGAGAGACUGGAUAUGUGCAAAACAAGGAGACAGCAAUUGGCUUUCUGAUGGUCUAGCAAUGCCUCAAUUUUAUAAUUCCCAUCCUUGUUUUCAAAUGCCUUGCUCUGUCCCUAUCCCCUCUCCGCCAUCCCUGUGCUCCUCCAAUUCUGGUCUCUUGCUCAGAAAGACGUUCUCUCAGGUCAUUCUUUGCAUGGUUAGAUUACUUAUUCUAAUUUUCAUUGCUCCACCAUUGUUUGUCAUGGCUUCAGCUGCUUAUAGACCCUAAGCUCUGGAAUUGCCUCCCUAAACCUUUCAGCACCUCUCUCUAUUUGAAGACACUCCUUAAAAUCUACUUCCUUGACCAAACCUUUGGUCACCUGUCCUAAUAUCUCUGGCUUGGCAUCAGACUUUGUUUGAUAACACUCCUGUGAAAUACUUUGGGAUGUUUUUACUGCAUUAAAGGUGCUAGAUAAAUACAAGUUGUUGAUGUCUGUUAAAGCUUAAGAGCUCAAAUGUGUUUUUCCUUCUCCUGGGAGUUAGCGUUCUACCCGAGCUUGCACUGUCCAAUGGAGCUGCCCAUAGUCCUUUCUUGCCUUUUUUGUAUGCAGUCAGGAGGACGUGCAGUGAUGGUCUGAGUUUUGAUGUGAAUUCAGCUGAAUACAAGCAGUACAAACCAGGCCAUCCUAAACAUUGCAUCCACCUCACUUGUACCAAGGCAUGUGACUAGACAUUGUCCUUUCCCCUCGUCGGCACUUUCUUCAGCCCUUAGAUAUCCGACCAAUUGAAUCUGUGUACAGAGGAGAUGAUCCAGAGGAGGAAAGAAAACCUGGUUCAGUUCAUCGAAAGCACAUUGCAGCUUUCAAUUUAAAUUUCAGAAUAAUUUUUAUGGACCUAUGCAUAACUUUUCUAUGGAAGCUGUAUCUUCCUUUUCUCAGCUUCUGUUCAUUUCCCAAAACUUCUUCUCCCAAGGCCUUUGGCUCUCAGUUAAUGGUCCAUUUCCACCUGAUGCUAAAACCCUCAUCCAUGCCUUUGUUACCUCUAGUCUUGACUAUUCCCAUGCUCCCUAGGAUGGCAUUCCAUCUCCCAGCCUACAUAAACUUGAGCUCGACUAAAUCCCUGCUGCGUGUAUCCUAACUCGCAUCAAGUCCUGUUUAACUAUCACCCCUGUGCUCGCUGACUUACAUUAGCUGUCAGUCCGGCAAGCCUCCAUUUGAAAUUUCUCAUCCUUAUUUUCGAAUUCCUCCAUGGUCUUGCUUCACCCUGUGUCUGCAACUGCCUCCAGCCCUGCAACCCUCCAAGAUAUCAGCACUCCUCCAAUUCUGGCCUCUUAAGCAGUCUUAAUCGCUCCACCACUGGUGCAGUGUCUUCAACUGCCUAGGCCAUAAGCUCUGGAAUUCCAUCCUUAAACCUCUCCACCUCGCUACCUUUCUCUCCUCCUUUAAAAUGCUCGUUAAGACCUACCUCUUUGACCAAGCUUUUGGCCGUCUGCUUUAACAUUGCGUUACGUGACUCGGUGUCAAAUUUUGUUUGACAAUGCUCCGGUGAAAUGUCUUGGGACAUCUAACACUAUAUAAAUACAAGUUGUUGUUGCCUUUGAUGUUUGGAAGCUUUCACCACCAAUCAUUGGGGGGCAUUUUAUUGAGAAAGCCUCAGUUGGUUAUUCUUAGGCUGUCCACUCAAUAAAACUCGAUUACAUCAAAGUUUAUGGCGCUGACAUUCACCUCCAGUGAAAACCAUUAUUGGGAACUUUUUAAAAAGGAAAUAAAGAAAGCUGAAAUAAAAUUGGAAAACAUUGGAAAUCUUUGGUCCAACAGACAUAUUGGACUGAAAGGCCUAUUUCUUUGCUGUAAAUAAUAUGGAACACAACCUCUGUGAGCCAACUCCUGCUACUAAACUACUAAAUCCAAUUCGUAACAUAAAGCUUCUCCUUCCAGGUUAAGUUUUUUUUUCCAAUUUAACUUGCAGGAUAAUUACAACAGAAAAACUGGCCAUUAGGCCUAGUCCUUGCUGUUAUUUAUUUUGCGCAUGAACCUUCUCCUACCCCCCAUCUCAUCUCACCCUAUCAGCAUAUCCUUCUUUUCCUUUCUUCCUCAUACACUCUAAAUUCCCUUUAAAUCCAUCUUUACUAUUUGCCUCAUUAUUCCUUGUAGUAGAGUUCUAUUCUAAUCACUCUCUGGAUAGAGGUUUCUCCUGAACCCUUUAUUGAUAAGUGAAUGGGAUUUGGUGAUAUAAACAUGCUGUGCCAGCUGAUAGACUACAGUCUCCCAUAAUCUAAACUAAUAGAGUUCCAGUAUAAAAGUGGCACAUGACUGACUAAAACUAAAUAGAAAAGGGGAGAACAAGUAAAGGUGAAGAAUUCAGAUGCACCAACUACUAAUACAAAAGUCACUCAUAAAUUUCCAGCACUGGAAAGAGGUGAAAAGAAUUGGAUGAUACUUAAAAGAUAUCUCAGCAAUGUUGUGAAAAAACAUUGGAAAGACAAAAUGUGAAUAAACUAGUUCUAGCAGGAAAGGCGGUAUGAUGGCAUGUGAAUAAAAGAGAGACUUGCAAUUACAUAAAGCCUCAUCACACCUCUUAGGAAUGCCAUAGAGUUCAUUAAUUUGAAUGCAUUGAUCAAUCCAAUUAUAUAGAAACGUGAAUCAUGCAGGGAAGUCUGCGAGCUGGUUAAGGGUUGAAGUUGUUAAUCUUAAGUGUUCAGAGAGUGAAAGAGGAAAGUGAGAUACGAGGGCAGGUUCUUGAUCAGAUGGAGAGUUGGUGCUUACAAGGAACGCUCAUUGGGAAGUUGUGAGCCUGAAGUUAAUUUUCCAUCCAUCAUUUAUGUAGGCAAAGUCCAGGGUUGCCAACUCAGGUUAGAUAUAUUCCUGGAGGUUUCAUCAUAUGACCACUACUUCCAACUGUCCCUCCUUCACACUUUCACCAUCAACUUGGCCUCUCCAUUCUCACAGUGCACCCUUUUUUCCAUUGAUUAGGUGAACAGACUACUAAUUACUGAUUGGAUAACUCAUGAUCAAUCAAAUAAUCUGUUUUGCCCACCCCCAAUACUUUUAUGACUAAUUAGGAAAAGCAUUUGAAGAAAAAAAAACAUUUUUAAUGCCCCUCUGAUUUUUCUCCUGAGUUGCAUACAGCAGUGUUCUGGAAAUUAAUUUUCAAUAUCUGGAGACUUUAGAGCAAUUUUGGAGUGGGUGAAGAAAUCACGUUCUUUUGGCCUACAGUUUCCUGACUAGCACACCCUUCCUAUCUGUUGACAAAUCCUUCAUUUCAAGGAGGAUUCUUCCUCGCGGAUGGCUGGGCUUAAGUGAUAUGUCAGUGUUGGCUGUGGGAUCACAGAUGGCUUAUGAGACCUACCUUAGCCUUGCAGGCUUUCCCACAGUGAGGACAUUAGUUGUCAGAUGGCAGAGGUGAUGGCAGAUUGUUGGCUUGAACAGUUGCCCUCUCUUUCUGUCUCUCUUGCCUUUCUCUCUUAGUGGGUGCUCUUGUUAUUUGGAAGGUCUUGACACCAUUUUUGAUAGUGAGUUGCCAUUUUGGUUGGAAUUGGGCAUCUAUUGAUGUUAAUAGAACUGAUCCUCAUGGAAGCUUUGAGAUUGUCUUUGAAACAUUUCCAUUAGUCCUUGAAAGGGCUCCCUGAUGUAGCGCUGAGUAGAAUAUCUGAUUGAGCAGUCUUGAGCCUGGCAUUCUGAUCACAUCGCCUGUACAUUUCAGCUGAUGUGAGAUUAUCAUGGCCUCGAUACGUGACAUGUCUGUGUCUUGGCAGAUGCUCAUGUUUGUUCUUUUGUCCUCCUGUUUGAUUCGCAAGAUCCUUCUAAGGGAGUAUUGAUGAUAUUGUUCUCAACCUUUCCUGCUGUGUUCCUUAUUGGGCGUGCUCACUCAGGUAACCAGCCUCCUACCUCUUCCUCCUUCUAAUGUUUGGAUUUAUUAAGGCUGGAGCACACAUCAGGCAUAAUUAGAAUCAUAGAAUAGUGCAGUUAGUGACCAUUCAACCCAUCAAGUUUGUGGCAGCUCAUUUGAAGAGGAAUCCAGUUAGUCCCACUCUCUCUCUCUUUCUCCGUAUUCCUGCAAUUUUUCUCCUUCAUCCAAUUCUAUUUUGAAGACUACUAUAGAAUGCUUUGCCACCACACUAUCAGUCAGUGAGUACAUUCCAAAUCCUAACCACUCGUUGCAUAAAAAAGGCUUUCCUUGUGUCACCCUCUGAUUCUUUUGCCAAUCACCUUAAACUUUGGAGCCUUUCGCUAUGGACCUUUCAGCCAUUGGUAACUUUCUUUUUGUUUGCUCCAGCUAAACCCUUCAUGAAUUUAAAUACCCGUAAGGUGAACAACCCCAGCUUCUCCAGUCCAUCCACAUAACUGCAAUCCCUCACCCCUGGAACCAUUCUAGCAAACCUUUACAGCACCCUCUCCAAAGCCUUCACAUCCUUCCUAAAGUGUGAUGCUCAGGAUUGGAUACAAUCCUCUAGCUGAGCCAAACUAGUCUUUUACAUAGCUGUAGCACAACUUGUACUCAUUCUCCCUCCCACCUCAUACAUUUGAAAAGAGAGGCCCUCCCUCCCUCCCUUCAUGUUGAUAUUCUCUUGUGAAGUUUACUGCUAAAAUCUAAGCUUGCAAAACAAAAGUUAAACUAUAAUCGGUUUUGAUUACUGAAUACUUGGCUUAUCUUUACUAAUGUACAAAGCUGGAGAUGGUUUCAUUUUACAUUAUAAAUUGCAUAAAGCUUUUUCAAACUGGACAAUAAACAUUUUACCUGCUA